CAUGAAACUCGAGCGCAUUCACAACUUCCUGCUACUACCCCACAACAUCUUCUUUCUUACCUCUACACAAAGUCGAAAAGUCGUGACAAUCACAGCAAUACUAUCCAAACCGCUCCCUCGAGACCGUAGUAAGGCUGUUAGUCGAGAAAAGACGUUUUAACAUGGACAAUAUGUUCAUAACGUACACAUACGUACAUGCCUUCUAGGCCGUGGUGACGAGUCAAUGUGCUUUCAGGUUAUUUUGAGACACCGACCAUCACCGUCCACUUACCAUUAUGAUGCGUCACGUUCAUGCAUGUUUCAGAAUAUCACUCUCAUCAACAUGUGCUGGCUAAGAAGAACGAAAGCCCAACGCAGGUCGUGAGUAUGGUUAUCUUGAAGCUGACCACUGAAAAGAAAGUUUUCAUGUAGUGAUAUGGAACAAUAUCGUUUUUGGGUGGACUUGAGGCGUUAACCGUGCAUAUGCUCAGAUGCGGCCGUCCGUAGCAGGAAAUCUUCAUGUGGCUGGCGGGCUGGAGUGGCGAGGUGAUCUUCUGAUUAUCAGGGUCAGAGCAAUGCCCAUUACAUUUUGAUAAUUUUCAAACAUGAAAAUUUGAUUAUGGUAUCGAGAUAUUUUUUCCGCAAUUAGGUAUAUAUAGGUUUGUCCCUUUAAUGGAAUUUCAAGCUAUCCACAGCAGUCUACCUCAAGCCAUUCUCACUUUACGAUCCAUUGCUCUCCCUCAUCGGUUUUCUUCAGCACUUUUUAACAUUUGCCUUCUUCCAUCCACAUCUACGUAUUAUCACCAACACUUCAAAGCCAUUUCUCAGUAUGAAGUGUACCAUUCUCAGCAAUGGCAGGCUCGCCCUUUUCGCUCUCGCCAUCACACAAUUCUGCCCUAUUCUAGCCCACCCUUCCCUAGAGAAGCGCGGUGUCCCCAUCGCCAUGGGAGCUGCCAAAACAUACGGAGCAAUCGCAGCCACGACUCUCACCAGUACAGGCAACACCCUCAUCACCGGCGACUGCGGAACCUGCCCUGGAACAUCAAUCUCCGGCUUUCCCCCUGGAGUGUGUACCGGAACAACAUCUGCGGGUGGAACCGCAGCUUGCGCCGCAGAAGCCGCUUGUCUUUCAGCAUACAACAAUGCUAGAGCUCUUGCCCCCACCGCAACAGCUCUCCCAUCAUCGGACCUCGCAGGUUUAACAUUGGCUCCAGGCGUCUACAAAUUCCCCGCGUCGGCAGCCACUAAUUCGGCCACUCUCACACUUAACGGAGCUACGAACACCAAGGGCCAAUUCAUCUUCCUUAUCGACACAACUUUUACAACUGCCGCUAGCUCCAAAGUCGUGUUAAUCAAUGGCGCACAAGCUUGCAAUGUUUAUUUUAUUGUUGGCUCAUCUGCUACUAUUGGAGGGGCAACUGCAAUGAACGGAAAUAUACUGGCGUAUACUUCUGUUGGUUUGAGCAAUGCUGCGAGUAAUAAGGGUACUCUCUGUGCACUCAAUGGAGCUGUUACUUUGAUCAACAACGCCCUCACUGCUCAGACUGUCUGCACAUCAUAA